AUGAAAUCACUGGAAGCAGAAAGCCUGUAUUUGGAAUUGUUCAUUAUUGCUUACUAUCGGAUUCUUGGAUUACAGGAUUUUGGGGUCAAAGAGGCACAACUGGACUACAGCAGAGUACAGGUGUCUCUGGUGUCACUGGCCAUGGAACAGAAACAUUCCCAUGAGAGCACCUCAGAGAUGGAUGACUAUUUUGCAGCAGAGAAGUUCCCCCCUUCUUUAUACAAUACGAAUAUCAAUGCGAUGCUUCCAAAUGCUAGGCAUCUUCAUGUGGGGCUGGAGAGAUCCCCCGAACCUUUCCUGAAUUGUCCACAGAUUAAUGCAGAAAAUGCAGCCAGUUUUGUGCCAACCUGCUCCUCAGUGGUAUCCUCUGCACCAAGUUUGCCAGAAUUCACCAAUGUGUUCAGUGUCCCACAGUCGAUGGCCAUGGACACCAUAUUUGUGAAGCAGGAGAUGCCUGGAGAUAUGUCCCUGUAUUCAGCUCCACAGCCGACCCAGUUAUUUCAGCUGCCCAUGCAAGAAAGUAGUGUGGGUAUUGAUGUUUCAAUGGCUGCCACACCAACAGAGAGCACAGAAGUCACAAAUGGACUUGAGGAUAUUACUCUGGCUACUCAGAGUACUGGUCCUACUACUCUUUUCCAGCCCCCUAGGCCUGGAGAGCAGCUGAGACUUUUCCUAAAUAUUCCCCACGGGCAAGGAAGCUUUGGAUUUUGUGGACAAUUUUAUUCUGUCCCAGGUUUAGCUUUGCCACCAUCACCACCAAACUCACAGCCCGGAAGUCCAGAGAACCAGCUUGCAAUGAUCAACAACAUCUCGUCCCCAUCCCCUUCUGGAGCUAUCUAUGGCCUGAGACUCGUACAGGUACCCCAGUUCCAACCAGUUCCUGUUAACCUGGAGCACUUGCCCUUAGGGCACGUUAUUAUCCCAGCACCAAAAUUCCGCCAACAAAACCAGCAAGAUUUAGACAAAAGGAGAAUUCAUCGCUGUGAUUAUCCAGGUUGCACAAAACUUUACACCAAGACUUCUCACCUGAAAGCUCACAAGAGAACCCACACAGGUGAGAAGCCAUACAAGUGCACAUGGGAAGGAUGUGACUGGUGUUUUACCCGCUCAGAUGAGCUAACUAGGCACUACAGAAGGCAUACGGGAGUCAAGCCAUUUAAAUGUAUUGCCUGUGGGCGUUGCUUCACCCGCUCUGAUCACCUUACCUUUCACUUGAAGAGACAUUUGAUCUAA